AUGUGGCUGUGGGUGGCUGUCUCAAUUAUUGCUAUGAUGUACCUGCGCUGGAAGGAACCUGACUGGGAGAGACCGAUUAAGUUGAACAUCAUCAUUCCAAUAAUUUUCGCACUGUGCAGCGUCUUCAUUGUCGUGUUGGCAUUCGUUGAGGAUCCGGUGCCUUCAGGUUACGGCCUGCUCAUCAAUGCACUCGGCAUUCCCGUCUAUUUUCUGUUCAUAUAUUGGAAGCCCAAGCAAGCCUGCUACACGGCACUAUUCGGUACACGUAACCUUUGCAUAAUGGUUACCAGUGAUGAGAAAAAUUCUCGUGACGGUAAAGUAGAACUGAAGAAGAAGGUGACCUUGUUCAAUGGCGUGACCAUGAUCGUGGGAUGCAUCAUCGGAUCGGGAAUCUUCCUUACUCCCGUCGGAGUUUUAAGACAGACACAAACCAUCGGCUUGUCGCUCAUCGUCUGGGCGUUGUGCGGCGUGCUGUCGACGCUAGGCGCGCUGUGCUAUGCCGAGCUGGGCACCACGAUACCACGCUCUGGGGGUGACUUCGCCUACAUCAUUACAGCGUUCGGACCGUUACCAGCUUUCUUGUUUCUUUGGGUGUCUCUAACGAUUAUUCGCCCAACAUGCCAAGCUGUCGUUGCCCUGACCUUCGCUAAAUACGCCACGCAGCUAUUCUUCCCGGGCUGUGAGCCGCCUAAUGCAGCUGUGCGCAUACUGGCCGCUCUGUGCAUCUGCGCACUGGCGUAUAUAAACUGUGCUGGCGUGAAGUGGGCGACUAGAAUUCAAGACUUUUUUACCAGUGCAAAGCUGUUGGCACUGAUGUUGAUUAUCUUGACAGGAAUUGCCUGGCUUUGCAUGGGUGAGUUUACUUCUUAUUCGUUCAAGCCAGCUACUGCAGGCAUGAUAGCCUUGGCAUUCUACAACGGAUUGUUCGCCUACGGAGGCUGGAACAACCUCAACUUUGUAGUCGGGGAACUGAAAGAUCCACAAAGAAAUCUACCUCGCGCCAUCAUGAUCGCCCUGCCGCUGGUAACAGUCGUCUAUGUGCUCGUCAAUGUCGCCUACUUUGCGGUUCUUUCCCCAAGCGAAUUCCUCACAUCAGAUGCAAGCGGUGUGCUGUUUGGCAAGCGGAUGUUUGGAGUUAUGGCCUGGAUCGUACCAGUGUUUGUUUCCAUGUCAUGCUUUGGGACGGUCAACGGAAUGCUCUUCGGUUCUGGAAGGCUCGUCUUUGUUGGAGCACAGGAAGGACAAUUACCGGCGAUAGGCUGUAUGAUUCACGUAAAGAACCUUACACCCUCUCCAGCUGUGAUAAUUACAUGCAUGCCUUCAUUGGUCAUCCUGUGUGUGAGAGAUAUCUUCUCGCUCAUCAGCUUCUUCAGCUUUAACGUGCGAGUGUGGAUGACCGUAUCUGUACUUGGUAUGCUGUAUCUGCGAUGGAAGAAGCCCAUGUGGAAGAGACCGAUCAAGUUGAACAUCAUCAUUCCAAUAAUUUUCGCACUGUGCAGCGUCUUCAUUGUCGUGUUGGCAUUCAUUGAGGAUCCGAAACCUUCAGGUUACGGCCUGCUCAUCAAUGCACUCGGGAUUCCUGUCUAUUUGCUGUUCAUAUAUUGGAAGCACAAGCCAGACUGCUACACGGCACUAUUCGGGAAAGCAACAGAGUUUCUGCAAAAGUUGUUGUAUGUAGUGCCCCAAGAAUCGGCUAUUUAA